AUGGACGAAUUGCAGAACGAGUCUCUCCCUUCGGCCCCAUCGGUGCCGCCACUAAGUCCUCGGAUUAAACCAUCAUCAGCACCACCCGUUCCUUUUGAUUUGAAUGAUCAGCCCCACACAACCACCGGCGUUCCGGUCGUGCCGGUGACCCUUCCUCAUUCCCCAGCCCCUUGGUCCAGUGGCCUAUGCGAUUGUUGUGAAGAUCUCAGUAGUUGUUGCUUAACAUGUUGGUGUCCAUGCAUAACAUUUGGACGCAUCGCAGAAAUUGUGGACAGGGGAUCAACUUCCUGUGGAGUGAGUGGAACACUAUACGGUUUGAUGAUGUGCUUGAUGGGUUGCUCGUGUUUGUAUUCGUGCUUCUAUCGAACCAGACUGAGAGGGCAGUACUUCUUGGAGGAGAAGCCAUGCGCAGAUUGCUGCGUCCAUUUUUGCUGCGAGGAAUGCGCUCUCUGCCAAGAGUAUCGACACCUUCAGAACCAGGGCCUCGACAUGACCAUAGGUUGGUAUGGCAACGUCCAUAGGCAGAGACGACUAGCCGCAAUGCAGCCACCGCCGGUUAUAAUGCCUCCACAGCUUCAGACCGGCAUGAAUCGUUAG